AUGAGUGAAGACCCUCACUUCCUACAACAGAAACGUCUAUUGACGUUCAUGUUGUCCAAAAAAGUUCCUCCGAUACCUACAGAAGAGGAAAGAGAUCCUUACCCUGUGAAAAAGGCUAAUAUAAUAUCCAGAAUUCUCUUUUGGUGGUUAGGUCCAGUUAUGCAUACUGGUUAUAGAAGAACGUUACAACCAGAAGAUUUAUUCUAUUUGACCGAUGAUAUCAAGGUCCAAACUAUGGCUGACAGAUUCUACAACUACAUGACCAAUGAUAUUGAAAGGGCCCGUCAACAGCAUAUUGCUGAAAAAUGUAAAGAGCGUGGUGAAACUCCAGAAACUUCUUCUGUGGACCGUGGAAAAGAUUUGGCUGACUUUGAAUUAAGUAAAUUCUUGACUGUUUGGGCCCUUGCUAAGACUUACAAGUGGCAAUACACUUGGGCAUGUACUUUGUUGUGUUUGAGUUCUGUUGGUCAAACUACAUUACCAUUAUUGACCAAAAAGUUGAUUCGAUAUGUUGAAUUGAAAAGUAUGGGUGUUGAAACAGGUAUCGGUAGAGGUAUUGGUUAUUCAUUUGGAUCAGCCAUCAUUAUUUUCAUUAUUGGUGUUUUGAUUAAUCAUUUCUUUUACCGUUCCAUGUUGACUGGUGCUCAAGCCAAAGCUGUUUUAACAAAGGCAUUGUUGGAUAAGUCAUUUAAAUUGAAUGCUGCAGCUAGACAUAAGUACCCUGUUGGUAAAAUCACUUCUAUGUUGGGUACUGAUUUAUCUCGUAUUGAUUUUGCAUUGGGUUUCCAACCAUUCUUGAUUUGUUUCCCUGUUCCUAUCGGUAUUGCCAUUGGUAUUUUGAUUUGGAAUAUUGGUGUUGCUGCUUUAGUCGGGGUUGCCAUUUUACUUGUGUUUAUGGUUUGUAUUGCUGUUUCCACUGGUGCCCUUUUCAAGUACAGAAAGAAGGCUAAUAAAUACACCGAUUCCCGUGUUGACCAUAUCAAAGAAGCAUUGAAUAAUUUGAAGAUCAUUAAAUUCUAUUCUUGGGAACCACCAUAUCAUGAGAACAUUUCUGAAAUCAGAAAGAAGGAAAUGAAGAUUAUUUAUCGUAUGCAAGUGUUGAGAAAUGUUGUCACCUCAUUUGCCUUUUCAUUGACUUUAUUUGCUUCCAUGACUGCUUUCCUUGUUUUAUAUGCCAUUGCUGCUAAUAGAAAAGAUCCCGCAUCAAUUUUCUCAUCGCUUUCAUUAUAUAAUAUCUUGACCCAACAAGUGUUCUUGUUACCUAUGGCCUUGGCUACUGGUGCUGAUGCAUUUAUGGGUAUUUCCAGAGUUGGAGAAUUUAUGUCUCAAGGUGAAAUUGACCCUGCUUUAUCUAAUAUUGAUGCUACUCCUGAAAAGAAACUUCUUAUGGAGAACGAUGAAACUGCUAUUGAAGUAGAUCAUGCAAGUUUUGAAUGGGAAGUAUUUGGUAAUGAUGAAGACGACGAAGAAGAAUCUGAAUCCAAGAAAGGCGAGAAGAAGAGUAUGGAAAAGAAGGUUCACAAGACUGAAGUUCAUUAUCAUGAAAAGACUGGUUCGAUUGAAAAGGAUUCUUUAACAACUUCAUCAAGUGGUAGAGGCGAAGAAGAGUCUCAAUUCCCUGGUCUUAAAGAUAUCAAUUUCAAGAUCAAGAAAGGUGAAUUUGUUGUUAUCACCGGUUUAAUUGGUUCGGGUAAGACUUCUUUGCUUAAUGCUAUUUCUGGUUUUAUGAAGAGAGUCCAUGGGGAUGUUAGUACCAAUGGUUCAUUAUUACUUUGUGGUUAUCCAUGGGUUCAAAACAGUACUGUUAAAGAAAACAUUCUUUUUGGAGAACCAUACGAUGAAAAGAAGUAUAAACAAGUUAUCUAUGCCUGUUCUUUAGAAGCUGAUUUGGAAAUUCUUCCAGCUGGUGACCGUACUGAAAUUGGUGAAAGAGGUAUUACUUUAUCUGGUGGUCAAAAGGCAAGAAUCAAUUUGGCCAGAGCUGUUUAUGCUAAUAGAGAUAUUAUCUUGUUGGAUGAUGUUUUAAGUGCUGUUGAUGCUCGUGUCGGUAAGCAUAUUAUGAACAACUGUAUCAUGGAUUUGCUUAAGGAUAAGACUAGAAUUUUGGCUACCCAUCAAUUAUCACUUAUUGGUUCCGCUGAUAGAGUUAUCUUUUUGAAUGGUGAUGGUUCAGUCGAUGUUGGUACUUUUGAAGAAUUGUCCUCUUCUAACCCUGGAUUUAGUAAAUUGAUGACUUUUAAUAGCGAAGCUCACAAUGAUGAAGAAGAGGAAGAAGACGUUCCUGAAUCCGAAGAUGAAUUAGAACAAGAAAGAGAAAUGAUUAAGCGUCAAUUAACCAGACUCUCAACCAGAGCCUCAACCAAAGCAGACCCAGAAGAUGAAGAAGCUAGACAUCGUGAAUUUAACACUGAUGAAUCUGCUGAUGGUAAAUUGAUUGACGAAGAAGAAAGAGCUGUUAAUGCCAUUAGUAUGCGUGUUUAUGGUAGAUAUAUUGAAUUGGGUUCUGGUGCUGUUGGUCCUUAUGUUUAUGGUCCUUUGUUACUUAUCUUCCUUAUGUUUGCUACAUUUUGCCUGAUUUUCACUAAUACUUGGUUAUCAUUCUGGGUUGAAAGGAGAUUUCCUCUUGAAGACAAGGUUUACAUUGGUGUUUAUAUCAUGUUUACAUUCUUGGCAUUUAUCUUUUUAACCAUUGAAUUCAUUCUUUUGGUUUACUUGACCAAUACCGCUUCGGUUAAAUUGAAUAUUUUGGCCAUGAAGAAGGUUUUGCAUGCUCCUAUGUCAUUUAUGGAUACUACUCCUCUUGGUAGAAUCUUGAAUAGAUUUACUAAGGAUACUGACGUGUUGGACAAUGAAAUUGGUGAUCAAUUGAGAUUCUUUUUAUUCACAUUGUCUAAUAUUAUUGGGGUUUUAAUCUUGUGUAUUAUCUACUUACCUUGGUUUGCUAUUUCUAUCCCAUUCCUUGGAUUCUUGUUUGUUGCCAUUGCCAAUUACUAUCAAGCAUCAGCCAGAGAAAUCAAGCGUCUUGAAGCUAUUCAAAGAUCUUUUGUUUACAACAACUUCAAUGAAACCUUGAGUGGUAUGACCACCAUUAAAGCAUAUCAUGCUGUGCCUAGAUUCCUUGAAAAGAACAAUUUCUUGAUUGAUAGAAUGAAUGAAGCUUAUUAUCUUACCAUUGCCAAUCAACGUUGGUUAGCCAUCCAUAUGGAUAUGGUUGCUUCCUUAUUUGCAUUAUUGAUUGCCUUGCUUUGUGUUAACCGUGUCUUCCGUAUAUCGGCUGCCUCAGUUGGUUUAAUUGUUGCUUAUGUUUUCCAAAUCGCCGGUCAAUUGUCUAUGCUUAUUAGAACUUUUACUCAGGUUGAAAAUGAAAUGAACUCUGUGGAAAGAUUGGAUAGUUAUGCAUCUAAUUUACCAGAAGAAGCUCCUUAUGUCAUUACUGAAAAGACCCCACCUCCACAAUGGCCAGAUAAAGGUUCUAUUGAAUUCAGAAGUGCUUCAUUAGCUUAUAGACCUGGAUUACCAUUGGUGUUAAAGAAUUUGAAUUUCACCAUUAAACCUCUGGAAAAAAUUGGUAUUUGUGGUAGAACUGGUGCUGGUAAAUCUUCGAUCAUGACUGCAUUGUACAGAUUAAGUGAACUUGAAUCAGGUAAGAUAUUUAUUGAUGAUUUGGACAUUGCCGAGUUAGGAUUAAAGGAUCUUCGUUCUAAACUUUCUAUUAUUCCGCAAGACCCUGUGUUGUUCCGUGGUACUAUUAGAAAGAAUUUAGAUCCAUUUAAUCAAUCUUCUGAUGAUAAAUUAUGGGAUGCAUUAAGAAGAACUGGUUUGAUCGAAGAAGGUAGAUUAGAGCAAGUCAAAUUAACAAACAAGCCUAGUGAUGGAUCAUCUGAAACCAACUUGCAUAAGUUCCAUUUGGAUCAAAGUGUUGAAGAUGAAGGUACCAAUUUCUCACUUGGGGAACGUCAGUUGAUUGCAUUUGCCAGAGCCUUGGUUCGUGAUUCCAAGAUUUUAAUUUUGGAUGAAGCUACCUCUUCAGUUGAUUACGAAACCGAUUCUAAGAUUCAACAUACCAUCAUCAGAGAAUUCAGUCAUUGUACCAUCUUGUGUAUUGCUCAUAGAUUGAAGACAAUUAUCAACUAUGAUAGAAUUUUGGUGUUGGACAAGGGUGAAAUCAGAGAAUUUGAUACUCCUUGGAAUUUGUUCAAGUCCAAUGGUAGUAUCUUCCAACAAAUGUGUCAACGUUCCAAUAUCACUGAUCAAGACUUUGAGAACAUCACAUCAUUUUAG